UCUACUUGUGGCACGUCCAGGUGGGGGAGAAAUCACUUCCUGCCUCUGGAGUCCUCUCGGCUUAUUCUGCAAACCCGGGGCGUGGACAGAGUCGUUGUCCGCGUCCGGCCUCGCGGGUUGGGCGGCGGGCCAUCCGGGGUGUGUCCGCCGUGGGCCCCUCCUCCGCGGGUUUCCUGCCGCGGUGGUCGCUCGGCGCUCGGCUUUUCGGCUCCGGCUCCGGCUCCGGCUCCGGCCCCGGCUCCGGCCCGCAUCGCAGUCUCCGCUCGCCAGCUUACCGGACCAUGGCCCACGCGGAGCGCACCUUCAUCGCCGUCAAGCCCGACGGCGUGCAGCGCGGCUUGGUGGGCGAGAUCAUCAAGCGCUUCGAGCAGAAGGGAUUCCGCCUUGUGGCCAUGAAGUUUCUUCAGGCCUCUGAGGAACUCCUGAAGCAGCACUACAUAGACCUGAAAGACCGCCCAUUCUUCACGGGGCUGGUGAAGUACAUGAACUCAGGGCCGGUUGUGGCUAUGGUCUGGGAGGGCCUGAAUGUAGUGAAGACAGGGCGAGUGAUGCUUGGGGAGACCAACCCAGCGGAUUCUAAGCCAGGCACCAUUCGUGGCGACUUCUGCAUUCAAGUUGGCAGGAACAUCAUUCAUGGCAGUGAUUCAGUAAAAAGUGCUGAGAAAGAAAUCAGCCUGUGGUUUAAGCCCGAAGAAUUGGUUGAGUACAAGUCUUGUGCUUUUGACUGGAUAUAUGAAUAAGAGGUGGACGGAGCAUCAGUGCCCUCUGGCACCGCUUGAUGUGUCUCUAAGCACAGCUCUUCAUUCCACUGACUUGGAAGCAGUAGGAUGGAUGUUUCUUUCCUAAAGCAUAUUUACAAAUAAAACCUUUGAAAACUG